AUGGAGGCAAAUAAAAACAGAACGUUGAUCGCAGUCAUGGGUGAUGAGGACACCAUCACAGGCAUGUUGCUCGCGGGGAUAGGGCAAGUGUCAAACGAACCGAACAAAGAAAAAAACUUCCUGGUUUGCACUGAUAACACAAAAGAAGAAGAACUCGAAUUAUACUUCAACCAAUUUGUUCAGAGAGAUGAUAUUGCGAUUCUUCUGAUUAAUCAGCAUAUUGCGGAGAGGAUCAGGUUACUCAUAGAUAUGUUUACAAAUCCUUUUCCAGCCAUACUUGAAAUACCUUCCAAGGAUCACCCAUAUGACCCCGAAAAAGACUCAGUCUUGAGAAGAGUGAGAAGAUUAUUUGGUGAAUAG